AUGUCUUCAGAUUCCAAGCCCAACGUCUCCUUCGACGCUGCCUCGAUCUCGACAUCAUCUCUCAUGAGUGACAAGGAACGAGCCCGACAGGAGAAGAAACCUUCACUUGUCAAGAGGGUCGUGACAGCCAUCAAGAACAUUGAGCCUCCCGAGCCAAGAAUACCAGAAGGCAGACGCGAAAAUAUGCCCGCCUGGUCGAGGUGA